AUGGAAGGAACCUUCACCAACGUCGGUAAUCAUUUGGUCGGCGAUUCGGCCUCCGCCAUCAACGCCGGCGACGAUGUCUCCACCCUCGAUGCUGCCGAGAGCGCACUGCAUACGGAAUACCGCGCAACCGCUGGCCCAAGGAGGAGAAGAGGCGGCGGGGGCGACGACGACGAGACUGACGUGUACGACGACGACGAUGACGACUUGGAGUCACUGGCAAGUCAUGCUGUGAACGGCGCCAACGGUCAAGCUCCCACUGGCCAGCACGAAGAGGUUGAGCUCCCAGCGCAUGCUUGCGCUUACUGUGGUAUUCACAACCCUAGCAGCGUUGUGAAGUGCCUCACUUGCGCCAAGUGGUUCUGCUCUGCUCGUGGCAAUACUUCCUCCAGCCACAUCGUCAAUCAUCUGGUUCGCGCUCGGCACAAGGAGGUGCAGCUGCAUCCCUCCUCGCCGCUUGGAGAUACUACACUUGAGUGCUACAACUGCGGCACCAAGAAUGUCUUUCUGCUCGGUUUUAUCCCCGCAAAGAGCGACACCGUGGUUGUGUUGCUCUGCCGUCAGCCAUGCGCCGCCAUGCCCAGCAGCAAGGACAUGAAUUGGGAUACCUCGAAAUGGCAGCCACUGAUCGAGGACCGUGCUUUCCUGCCAUGGCUCGUGAACGAGCCAACGGAUCAGGAGCUGACACGCGCUCGCUAUUUGCCCCCACCGGUCAUUGCUAAGCUCGAAGAAAUGUGGAAGGAUAAUAGCAGCGCCACGAUCCAGGAUCUCGAGAAGAGUGCUGGUAUCGAUGACGAACCUGCUCCUGUCUUGCUACGAUAUGAUGACGCAUACCAAUAUCAAAAUGUGUUUGGUCCACUUGUGAAGAUCGAGGCAGACUAUGAUCGUAAGCUCAAGGAAGCUCAGAGCCAGGACAACUUGAUCGUGCGCUGGGACUUCGGUUUGAACAACAAGCAUCUUGCUUCUUUUGUCCUCCCCAAGCUCGAGCUUGGAGAUGUCAAGCUGGCAGUUGGUGAUGAGAUGCGACUGCGCUAUACGGGCGAGUUGCGACCACACUGGGAGGGUGUCGGCUAUGUCAUCAAGAUCCCGAACAACCAGAGCGACGAAGUGACUAUCGAACUGCGAUCGCGAGGAGACCACAAGUCAAUACCGACUGAGUGCACGCACAACUUCACCGCCGAUUACGUUUGGAAAGCCACCUCUUUCGACCGCAUGCAGCACGCCAUGAAGACCUUCGCUGUAGACGAGAUGUCUGUCUCUGGUUACAUCUUUCACCGUCUGCUCGGUCACGACGUGAACGCAGCUCCGCUGAAGGUGAAUAUGCCGCGGAAGUUCAGUGUGCCUAAUUUGCCCGACCUCAACGGCUCGCAGAUCAAUGCUGUCAAAUCCGUACUGCAGAAGCCACUUUCUUUGAUUCAGGGACCUCCAGGCACUGGAAAGACUGUCACUUCUGCCACCAUUAUCUACCACUUGUCAAAGAUGAACGGUGGCCAAGUCCUGGUUUGCGCACCGUCCAACGUGGCCGUCGACCAGCUCUGCGAGCGUAUUCACAUCACUGGACUUAAAGUUGUGCGUGUCACUGCCAAGUCGCGCGAGGACGCGGAAUCCAAUGUUGGAUUCCUAUCACUUCACAGGCAGGUUUCCAUGAACGACACCAAUGUCGAGCUUUCAAAGCUCAAGCAGCUCAAAGACGAGCAGGGUGAGCUGUCUAGUCAGGACGAGAAGAAAUUCAAGGCCUUGACUCGCGCUGCGGAACGCGAGAUCCUACAAAACGCAGACGUCAUUUGCUGCACUUGCGUUGGUGCUGGUGACCCAAGACUCGCAAAGUUCAAGUUUCGGACAGUUCUUAUUGACGAAAGCACUCAGUCCGCCGAACCAGAGUGCAUGAUCCCGCUAGUCCUCGGAUGUAAGCAAGUUGUCCUGGUCGGCGACCAUCAGCAGCUUGGUCCGGUCAUCAUGAACAAGAAGGCUGCCAAGGCUGGUCUUAACCAGUCUCUGUUCGAGCGCCUAGUCGUACUUGGCUGCGCACCCAUUCGUCUGCAAGUGCAGUACCGUAUGCAUCCAUGCCUAUCUGAGUUCCCAUCCAACAUGUUCUACGAAGGCUCGCUGCAGAACGGCAUUACUAUGCAGCAGCGCUUGAGAAAGGAUGUCGACUUCCCAUGGCCCGUCGCUGACUCUCCCAUGAUGUUCUGGUCCAAUCUUGGAAACGAAGAAAUCAGUGCCUCUGGUACAUCCUACCUGAACCGCACUGAGGCCCAGAAUGUCGAGAAAAUCGUUACUCGCUUCUUCAAGGCGGGCGUCAGCCCUUCUGCGAUUGGUAUAAUCACUCCGUACGAAGGACAACGCUCUUAUGUCGUACAGAGCAUGCAACAGACUGGCACGUUCAAGAAGGAGCACUACAAGGAGAUCGAAGUAGCGUCCGUCGAUGCCUUCCAAGGUCGUGAGAAAGACUUCAUUGUGCUCUCUUGCGUUCGAAGCAACGAUCACCAAGGCAUUGGUUUCUUGAGUGACCCUCGACGUCUGAACGUUGCACUCACUCGUGCUAAGUAUGGAUGCGUUAUCCUCGGCAAUCCAAAGGUACUUAGCAAGCACCCGCUCUGGCACUACCUUCUCCUUCACUUCAAGGAGCGCAAUUGCUUGGUCGAAGGUCCUCUCAACAACCUCCAGGUGUCGCUGCUGCAGUUUAGCCGACCUAAGACGUCCUACCGCGGACCUCAGCGCUACCAAAUGGCCUAUCAGCACGCCAACCAUAUGGCCGCCGCUACCGGUAAUCGCAUGAAUGGACGUCGCGAUGGACCUCCGGGCGCUGACGGCAGCGUUGUCGGCUACAUCCCUGAUGAUGUGUCUUCAGUACACUCUUCCGCGCUUGGUGGUGCCGCACUUCCCACCCAGUACCCGGCCAUGUUUCAAGGCUUCCAAGAGUCGUGGCCACAGCUUCCAGCUGGUCAGCGCAAUGGCCCGAUUGGCGACAAGACUCACGCACCUCCAGAGUCCAUUGCCGGCGAGAGUGUUGCCGCUAGCGAGAUCACAGAUGUGACCACGAAUGGCUCUGUCAAGCCAGGCCAAGGAGGCGUCAGCCUUGCUGGCCUGAGUAUCAAUGAUCUCAACAAGCAGGCAUCGCUUUCGCAGUCAGACAAGCUUCGUCGCUACGUGGAGGGCCAGGGUGCUCCACAACCUCCUAUUGGCGCCGGUCGCAACCGAUCUACGUUGGAAGACGAGGAUGCUCGCAGCGUUAGCACCGCAUUUGCAAGCCAAGUCGGCGUAGGUGGCUAUGACUGAUUGACACGAAACAGCGAGCAAUGCUCGACCAGCCUCUCGAUAUUUGAAAAGAUUCUACGUGCUAAUGCGUGCGACCUGAAGAUGAGCUUUCUAGCGAUUGCUGUCUAACACAAGAUUCUGACAUGUUAGCGUUAUGAAUCUGCGCAACAGGCUACGCGACAUCAUCAAGCCCCCAACUGGGUCCAGCUGGGAUAUGCCACCGAGCGAACGAAUGGGCUUGCAUUGCGAAACGAUUGCUGCAAAGUGCUUGCGACGAUUGUGAUGGUUGUAUCUGUAGGGACCAGCAGCGAACGACUCUCAGGCACGUCAGACAGUGUCAAAGGUUGGAGUCGUGUCUGAUUCAAGCCAGCGUCGUGGCCGUCAGUGGUCUAGCAAUACACAACCCACAUCCUAGAUCGCUGGGUCGGGUCAUCUUUCGACUGCAGCACUGCAUUCGCUUCCGCGAUGAGUCCACAGAGGCUGGUAUCCAUGUGCGAGAACUGUUUGGGAGUGUGAAAAGAUAUGAUCAAGGAACAUGAACUAGCUUUAGUCACUCAUUUGGAACACCAACAAGAAGAAAUCGAUCCUUGAGCAGUAGCCGUAGCUCCGGCUAUUGCGACGUUGAGGAUCCAGACUG